GAUUGGCUAAAGUCACCACCCCAGGUCCAGCAUAUGCGCGUUCACGGUUUUCGUAUUCAGCGUCGCGAGAUACGUCAUCAGCGUGAACUCCUUUCUUUGACAUUAGUUUCUCUACGAAACUUGCGUACGUAACAUGCGCGGCGACAAAGACUGCCAGCCUGAAACCUAUGGGGAAGGAGUAAAAAAAGACAUUCGUCGCACUCUGUAUCGCAAGACCAUCAUUUUAUGAGAGGCUCACGGCUUUAGGGCCGAGGUACAGACGCCGAAAUUUCACCACGGACAAGCCGGAGCUAGCGCUAGCGUAAAGUGUGAAAAUUAGCCGCAAAAAGACUAGCGGCGGAGAGGUUUUCCGUUGGAGGAUCUUCAGGCUCUGGUAUAGUGAGGGAGCCGCCGCCAUGGCAGUCGGAUCAUUGAGGCUCCACAUCGGGAUAUGAAGAGGAGCUGCAUGUGUCCCUGAAUUGGCAAGCAAACGACUCGUUUUGAUUCUGUAUCGACAACCGAGCUAACCAUUGUUCAUAUUUGUGGAAAUCACCCAGAAAGGGACUUUAUAGCAAACAGAGGGGGACCACAGGGAGAGGCCAGAUUCAUGACUAUUUCUGUCGGAGACGUGUCUUGUGAGGCCCGUUGAAAGAAAAUCUGGACUAUAAAGGAGGAAAACGAUGCUCUGAUUGCCCGUCGGCGGGAGACAUAGGAUAGUUUUAUUUUGUGGCUAUAAAACAGCGUGCUAACAGGUUCUCUUUGUGCCUGUGCCCUUCUUCUGAGACACAGAUAUUAAUUUACUGCCACCCUUUUCUUUGGAUGAGAAGGUUCGGCGAAUUGAUCAGCCCUGCCGUUUAGCAAGUCAAAAGAAUCAAAGGGAUCGGAUCAUGUCGGGUCGGCCCAGGACCACAUCCUUCGCAGAGAGCUGCAAACCUGUGCCGCAGCCCUCUGCUUUCGGCAGCAUGAAAGUCAGCCGAGACAAAGAUGGCGGCAAGGUAACAACAGUCGUGGCCACUCCAGGCCAAGGCCCUGACAGGCCACAGGAAGUCAGCUACACGGAUACCAAGGUUAUCGGCAAUGGCUCCUUCGGCGUUGUCUACCAAGCAAAACUCUGCGACUCUGGGGAACUAGUGGCGAUAAAGAAGGUCCUACAAGACAAGAGAUUUAAGAAUCGUGAGCUGCAGAUCAUGAGGAAGCUGGACCACUGCAACAUAGUCCGCCUGCGCUACUUCUUCUACUCCAGUGGAGACAAGAAGGACGAGGUGUAUUUGAAUCUGGUUUUGGACUACGUUCCUGAGACCGUCUACCGAGUGGCCAGACACUACAGCCGAGCCAAACAGACGCUGCCCAUGGUUUAUGUUAAGUUGUACAUGUACCAGCUGUUCCGGAGCCUGGCCUACAUCCACUCGUUUGGGAUCUGCCACCGGGACAUCAAACCCCAGAACCUGCUGCUCGACCCGGAGACGGCCGUGCUCAAGCUCUGCGAUUUUGGCAGUGCGAAACAGCUGGUCCGUGGAGAACCCAAUGUGUCCUAUAUCUGCUCUCGCUACUAUCGGGCCCCAGAGCUCAUCUUCGGUGCCACUGACUACACCUCCAGCAUAGAUGUGUGGUCAGCUGGCUGUGUACUGGCAGAGCUGUUGUUAGGACAACCAAUCUUCCCUGGUGACAGUGGGGUGGAUCAGCUUGUGGAAAUUAUUAAGGUUCUUGGUACUCCAACCCGAGAACAGAUCCGCGAGAUGAACCCCAACUACACUGAGUUCAAAUUCCCCCAGAUCAAGGCCCACCCUUGGACUAAGGUGAGUCAGCAGGUCUUCCGACCUCGUACACCUCCGGAGGCCAUCGCCCUCUGCUCUCGCUUGCUGGAGUACACGCCCACGGCACGCCUCACCCCUCUCGAGGCCUGCGCACACUCCUUCUUUGAUGAGCUGCGUGACCCCAACAUCAAGCUACCCAACGGAAGAGAGAAACCCUCACUCUUCAACUUCACCACCCAGGAGCUAUCUAGUAAUCCCUCUCUGGCCUCCAUACUCAUCCCUGCUCACGCCCGCAGCCAGGCUGUCGCCUCGACACCAACCAACGCGUCUGCCACCACAGACGGCAGCAGCACAGAGCGAGGUCCCUGCACCACCACCGCGUCUGCCUCGGCCUCCAAUGCCACCUCCUGAGCCUGCGACCCCACUUGCCCCCCGCCCCGGUCUGCCCCGACCCACAGCCUCUCCAUUGCGCCCCCUGGCCAGGGGGUGAGCUGCGAUCAGCUCUGCUCCUGGCAGCGGCGCAGCGACGCUGAAGCGGCCCGGGGCUCAACAGCGACACAACAGCCCUGAGACAUGACCACAAGAACCCAGCCCCCCUGACCUCCAUCUCUGAUCCCCAGCUGUCCGAGCUCUCCUCCACCUCUCCGUGCUCUUCUAACAGGGAAGCGUAGGGGCCGAGGCGUUGACGACUACAAGUAUACUGUACAUGUAUACUUAAUGCUAUCCUCCUAAUGUUUGUAAGAGGACAAUCUGUAAAAAAAAAAAAAAAGUUUUUUGCUGUUCCCCUCAGCCCCUCCUGACUGCCCCCACCGCCCCGUAUUGUACUACAUCUCUGCAUCCUCCCCCCUCCUCCUCCUCCUCCUCUGGUUCCUCCUUUAAUGCAUGACCUGAGUACAGUAGGAUCAACCGGAAAAGGGGGGCUGCCACGCCCUUUCACCUCCGCAGACAAAGCAUGAGGCUCACGCAGACACACACUCAGACACACCCACAUCCUCUCGCACACGAUGAUGAUAAUGAUGAUAAUGAUGAUAAUGAUGGUGGUGUUUGUUGGAAAAAGCUUGGUGAAUCGGACGGUUUAUUUCCUUUGCCUCGGGUUGCAUUCAGUUCGUUAGCCGCCUGUUUUUAACCAUGGUUUUUAUUUUCUUUCUAUUUUGUACUCCUGGGCAGUGUUUUAGUGGGGGUGUGCGAUGGAUGUGACAUGUAUCUGCUCCUGUGCUUGUAUUAUAUAUACAUACAGUACAAACAAGCAUACACACACUUUAUAUAUUACUUUUCUUUAUGUAUAAAAAGUAUAUAUAGAUAUAAUGUAUAUUAACUACAGCGGUUCUGAAAUCAUUUAUGGUGAGCUCAUAUCUGGCAGAGUAGCGGCAAUAUUUGCUGCUGCCUAAAGACAGAUUUAGAUAAGUUGAUACUUUAUUUGUUGUUUCCGUUCUUGCUGGAGUCCAGCUUCUCUCCUCUCCUAUGUUGUGUGUAUUAAGGCUGUAGGUGGAUGUAGAGCACCCGCUUUAUUCCUUUUUGCCUUGGACUCUGUCCGUAACCGUGUGACAGUGCAGCGUCUCGACGAACCAGUUCUCCUGUCCGCAUCCGCCUCUCUCUUCCAGAUGAUCACAGGGUUUUGGUGUCGUCUUCUCGGCGAGCGCCAGCGGCGCUCUUUAAAAUGUUACCCACCUUUCAUCCUCGCAGCAAAGUGCAUAGAGAGCUGCUCGGUACAAUCCGAUUGUCUUUAUUUACCAAGAACACUCACUACAUUUAAAAAAGAAAAGGAAAAAAGCUGAAUUUGUAUAUACAGUAUAAAUGCUCCUCACCAAAAUUCUGACUUGUAUGUCUUGUAUCUUGUUUUUCAUGUUAUGAUUAUUUUUUUUUCCCCAUGUGUUCAGUGUAUGUAUAUAUGCUGACCCACGUACUGUUUAUGAGCAAAAACAAAGAGUUGGGAAAGAAAAAAAAGAAUCAGGGCAGAACUGAUGUUGUUCAUGGAUAUUGUUAGACGACGACGAGGAUCAGCUUUAUCCAGCCAUAAGUCCAAUCUUACCUGUACAGUACAGUAGAUAUCAGCUGUAUUAUUGUAACAAGAACUAGUCAUGUAUAGUGUAACUAUAGUUUGGAGUGCCUUUGCUUUCAUACACCUUCGCCUUGUCUCCUCCAUCACCCCCUCCCUCGAUGUUGUGACUCUCCCCUUGGUGCUGUUGAACGUCCCGCUAGCCGAGCCUCCUCAUCGCCCCCGUUUUCAUCGCACACUUCAUGUUUUAUACAGACUUUAAUUGUAAGGAUUACGUUGUCCUCAGCUGGAGAUACACUAUAGACAGGUGUUUAUUUUGAUAGAUGUUUUAAUCACAGGCACACGCGUGGACUGAUGAGGCAGAAAGAGGGCCUCGUAUACUGUACAUAGAGACUACAGUAGAGAUUCAGUAUUGCUCACAGUGUUGGUUGUGUUACCAAAGCCAAACGUUGAUGUAGUUGUGAUGAGCCAUCCUCAGAGGCAAUAACUCAGUUUUUUUCCCCCCCUUCCUCUCGCUGUCUGGAUAUUUCUGUUGUUUCCUGUCUCUCGUCUCUGGGCUGCGUAUCUUGACACAUAAACAGAGAGGGUUGGGGAAGAAUUCAGUAGCACCUAAGGAGGGUCGAGUCAUGUAGCCUUUCUCCUCGUCUCCUGCUUGCUGUAAUUUUGCAUUCAUGAACAUGUUGCUUCCCUCCACCGGAUUUGACCACUUUACCCCAACCUUGAACACCCAGUUAAAUAAAAACAAAAUGAUUACCAAAAAAAAAAAAAAGUAUGUUUACUAGUAUCACACGUCAUACUAGCAUAAAUACUACGCGUAUGCUAACUGGGUUUAACUGGGGUUAAAGAGACAGAAAAAAGUGAAAAAAAAAUACUACAAAUACAUCCUGUAUAACAGUACUACUACUUGAAUGCCUCUGUCUGUGACUGAAGAUUUCUGUUUUAAUUUUUUUUUUUUUGUUUUGCUCCUUUUGUUUCUGUGAAGGUAUGCUAAAUGUGCGCCUCUGUAAAUAUUCCUUCUGCGUGCUCCGAGGAAUAGUUCCCUGGUACUGUAAUUUGCAACAAAUAAAGAGUAGGAUAGCCUGGAAAUGAUCAAGGAA